CCACAGUUCUGCUUUUACUCGAGAGAUAGCAGCACCAACCUUUUCCCUGUGGCGGCUCGCUAGUCAGUCAUAACCGGCACGUGGUGGAUUGAGGCUUGGAUUGUGCAUUGUUCUCCAAGCUCUUGUUCUUCCUGAAGACAUACUUACGUGAAUGAAGAAACCGUAACAAAUCUCCAAAGAUGGCAGAGGUGGCGGGGACAUCGACGGCCGGUCAGGUGCAAGCACGCUUCGUCACAAAGCUACAAAAAUAUGCCAUUCCAGACACCCUGUACUCAAUCCCUACCAAGAUAGAUGUUGAUGGUCUGAGUAGUCUCAUCAAUGGUAUCUUGAAAGAGGAUCAUGAUGUGUGGAAGGAUGUAGCAUAUGACUUCCUUAUUGCCGGGGAGUUCCUACGGGUCUCUCUUGGUGAUCAACUGGAAGAAAAGGGCAUUUCCACAGAAGCUGUUAUUGAGAUUGAAUAUGUGGAGAAACUGCCAGCUCCUGAGCCCCAUAAAUCCCUACUUCAUGAUGAUUGGGUAUCAGCCAUUCAUGCAGAUAAGAGCCCCAAGUGGAUUUUGACAGGAUGCUAUGACAACACUCUACAUGUCUGGGACAUGACUGGGAAUCACAAAGUCACCAUUCCAGGGCAUGGAGGGCCCAUUAAAGCUGUUUCCUGGCUGGAGACUUCAGACCACACGCAUACUUUUGUCAGUGCAUCACAUGACCAGACAGUCAUGCUAUGGAGGUGGGAUUCAAGAUCAAAUGAGAUUGAGUGCAUCAGUAUUGGUCGAGGGCAUUCACGCAGUGUUGAAUGCGUUGCACCCAACCCAUCCAAGCAGAUGUUUGCCUCAGGCUCAUGGGACACCUACAUCAAAAUGUGGUCUGCUGAAUUGGAGGACCAAGGCAGUCAAGAUGAUGGAACAGUUCAAGAAGGCAAUGCUAAAAAGGUCAAAACUCUGGGCUCUAAAGUUCAAACCAGGGUCCCCUUAGUGACCAUGUCAGGACACACAGAAGCAGUUUCAGCUGUAGUGUGGCCCUCAGAUGAGGAAAUCCUGACUGCAUCCUGGGAUCACACGAUCCGUUUCUGGGACCCUGAGCUAGAGGGGAGCUUGGUGAAGGCAACAUUCACAGCACAUGAUGGCUGGGUGACAUGUGUCAAGUGGAGUCCAAAACCUUCCCAACCCCUCUUCAUUUCAGGGGGCCAUGAUAAAACGCUUCGACUGUGGGACAUCCGCAGUGUGAAGGCACCACUGUAUGACAUGAGUGGACAUGAAGACAAGAUUCUCUGCUGUGAUUGGUCUGCUGGAGGAUUUCUCUUGAGUGGGAGCACUGAUUGCUCUCUCAAGAUCUUCAAAGAUUCUCCUAGUGGGUGAAAGUUAGCAUUUCAGUCAAGUGAGACUCUUUUAUUCAUGUUUUUCUGUUUCCAUUCAUGGCAUGAGUAGGAAUAAAUUUCAUUGCCAUAUUGAA